UUUCAGAUCGCAUGAUUGUAGUAAGGUAGUUAUCAACAGCUGAUACAAUGUUUUUCGGCCAACUUGUGAUUGGACCUCCCGGAGCCGGAAAAUCAACUUAUUGUGCAACUGUGUCGGAAGUACUUAAGAAAUUGAAGCGAAAUGUAGUUUUAAUCAAUCUCGAUUUUGCCAAUGACCAGCCUCCCUACGAAGCAAACAUUGACGCCACGAACCUCAUAACAGUCGAGGACUCCAUGCAACAUUUAAGUUUGGGCCCCAAUGGAUCCCUUAUGUACUGCAUGCAUUUUCUACAGAAAAAUAUUGAGUGGCUCUUUACCGAAAUCGAAAAAUUGUUGGACGAUUCUUACAUUAUUUUUGACCUUCCUGGUCAAAUCGAAUUAUACACUCAUGACGAUUCUGUUCAAAUUAUAGUAGAAAAAUUGGUACAGAAAUUUGACCUCCGAUUAGUUUGUGUGAAUUUAAUUGACAGUCACUAUUGUAGUGACCCAGCAAAAUUCAUAUCAGCUUGUACAACCUGUUUGAGCUCAAUGAUGCGGUUAGCAUUGCCGCAUAUUAAUGUUUUGUCGAAGAUGGACCUCAUCGAAACGAAUGGCAAACCAGAUAUAGGUUUGAACUAUUUCCUAGAAACAUUAAACAUGAGUUACAUAUGCGAUCAGCUAUCGGAUGAUCAAUUUUUUGCCAAGUAUAAAAAGCUGAAUUCUGCGUUAUGUUCGCUAAUUGAGGAUUACAGUUUAGUUAACUUUGUGCCACUUUGCGUUAGUGAUAAAAAUUUGAUGGUCAAGUUGGUGAAACAAAUUGAUAAAGCGAACGGAUAUCUUUUUGGACAGAGUGAAGGAGAAAGUGAGGAAACAAAGAAGUUGAAAAUGUUUUCGAGUGUGUUCCGCGAGUCCGAUUUUGCCUUUGAGUCUGGUCCAGCACUGGAAGAAAUUUACAUGGGAAAUCAAUCGGACUCUACUGCGAUGGAACAAAAUUAUUCAUGAUAGUUAAACCAAUGUUUUAGAUUUAAAAAGAAUAUUUUUAAAAUGC